AUGUGAGGCACUCAUACAUUGGGCGCAGAGAUAUGGAAAACCAUCUUUCUUAUUACAUAAUUAAACCUUAAAAGUAUUGUCUAUAUUAAGACAGAUCACGUCCUGAUAUCCCAAACUUCAAUUUCCCUUUUUUCUCCCUCCAAUUUUCUCGGGAACUCUCUCGGCCUCAGCAAAUCGAAUCCCAGUGAUCUUCGGUCGAUUCGGCUCUGAACAUUUCUUUUUUUUCUUGGUGGUUCUUGAUCUGGGUUUGGUCGGUUCGUGUCCCGUUUUGCUGUUUUCUUGUCAAAACGUAUAAGAUUGAGGAAAAAAGAACCCUAGGGGUUUCUUGCAUAAGGGGGGUUCUUGGAUAAAUCGAAGCGAGGGACAGUCGCUGUCUGUGGCUUUUGGAGGGUUAUGUGAUUGAACAAGGCCCAUUUUGAUCUUAAAUUCUCCAUCUUUUCAGACUCUUUGUCGAGCAAAUUAUUCAAAUUUUGGAUCCCAGGAUUCAGAUUUUCCGGCAGAUGUGUUGGGUUCUUUAGUCAGGUGUAUCGUCGAAGCAUCAUUAGACACUUAAACAGAAUCCCUGAAAACAGGGAAGGAAAAAAGACAGUUUUUUUUCUUCCAGAAUUGAAGGAUAGAGAAGGAGGAAAUGAAUUGCUUUUCAUGUUUCUAUUUCCAUGAAAGGAAGAGUACAUCAAGAACCAACAGUAGCCGGAAGAAUGCCCAAUUGCCCGGCAAAGCCAACAAGGCUCAACAAACGCACCCCGAGACAAAGACCGGAACCGAACAGAGCAAGAACAAAGAUGCGAACAAAGAAGUCACGAACAACAUCGCAGCUCAAACGUUCACUUUCCGUGAGCUAGCCACUGCAACCAAGAACUUCAGACAAGAAUGUUUGAUCGGGGAAGGCGGUUUUGGAAGGGUUUACAAGGGAAAGAUCGAGAAAUCCGGACAGAUUGUGGCAGUGAAGCAACUUGACAGAAAUGGGUUGCAAGGGAACAAAGAGUUCAUAGUGGAGGUGUUGAUGUUAAGUCUGCUAAAACACGAGCAUCUCGUUAAUCUUAUUGGCUACUGUGCUGAUGGAGACCAGAGACUUCUUGUCUAUGAAUACAUGCCUCUUGGCUCCCUUGAAGAUCAUCUCCUUGAUCUAACGCCGGACCAGACACCAUUGGACUGGAAUACGAGGAUACGGAUAGCGUUAGGAGCUGCAAAGGGUCUGGAGUAUUUGCACGACAAGGCAGAUCCACCGGUGAUAUAUAGGGAUCUGAAGUCGGCGAACAUUCUCCUAGACGGCGACUUCAACCCCAAGCUAUCGGAUUUCGGGUUAGCCAAACUGGGUCCGGUCGGAGACAAACAGCACGUGUCGUCCAGAGUUAUGGGAACUUACGGAUACUGUGCUCCCGAGUACCAGAGGACAGGACAGUUGACGGCCAAAUCUGAUGUCUACAGUUUCGGAGUUGUGUUGUUGGAGUUGAUCACUGGACGAAGGGUUAUCGACAAUAACAGACCCAUGGACGAGCAGAACCUCGUCACUUGGGCACAACCGGUGUUCAAAGAGCCGAGCAGGUUCCGGGAGCUAGCAGAUCCGCUCCUCCGAGGCGAAUUCCCGGAGAAAGCACUGAACCAGGGAGUGGCCGUAGCGGCAAUGUGCCUGCAGGAGGAGGCCUCGGUCCGUCCCCUCAUCAGCGACGUAGUCACGGCCCUCUCCUUCCUGAGGGCCACCCCACCUGAGGAGGGUGGCCCCUUGGCAGUGGUGGCGGUGGCUCCUUCCCCCCACGUUCCCGAGGCUCCUCCGGGGCUCAAGGAGGCCGAGGAGGAGAGGGAACGGGCCGUGGCAGAGGCCUUGGAGUGGGCCGCGGCUUCUAGGCCUCAUUCGAGGAAUCCAAGUGUUUCUGAAUAGAAGAAGGGUGUGAAAUGGUGAAGGUGUAUUCUUUUUUCUUUUCUUUGUGUUUGCUUGGAAAUUAAGGGUUUAGGGUUUUUGUCUUUGCUUGGGAUGUGAAUGUAAUGUGCAAACGAUUCCAUCUGAGAAUGAAAAAUUUUGAUUCGUCCACUGAGAAACAAAAGCUCGUAACGACAAGUGUGGUACCUUUCUGAAUAUCCAGAAUCUCCUCCUGUCUCCAUGUCUGGACCCUUGCAUACGGGAGAGAUCGAUCAUAUUCUCCCCGACCAAAAACACAUCUCGAAUGCCAGCACCAGCUCAUUUCUAACGGAACCAAGCCAUGGAUUCAGAACGCUCGUGUCCGAUUUCUGAAUCAAUGGACUAUGGAUCUUGGGGAAUCGGGUGGCCAUCGGUUCCAUCCUUCCAUGGACUCGCACCAAUCUGAAUUCCCCCGUUUCAACUGCCCCCACAUUCAUCAAAGUCGAACAAGAGUAUUCAUUCCGGUUCCAGACAAACCGUAAAAGGAAAACAGCUCAGGGAAACAGGGUUCCACCAAAUCCCAAAUCACUCGUCGCGACGGCGGCUUACCGCCACGCAUGAAGAACCUCAGAUGGUUCCGACUGACGCCGCCUUUCCAAUUUAUGCCACCGACAAGUUACCGGAAUUUCUUCAAACGAGUCGAGCGUUCACGCUUCGGAACGCCAUUUUAAGACACUACCAAAAAGAAGAAGAGUUUUUUUUUUUGGUUUUAAGGUGAU